AGGAACUUCCCUUUCUGUUUACCUAAUCAAUAUUUUACUCAAAUAUUAUGCACGUAAUUCACCCUCUCCUCUCCAUCCUCUUAACAAACUGAUAAUCACAAUGUGCCUGCAAGUAACAGUGACCCUUUCAUCUCAUUACUGCAUUCCUCGGUUCUAUAAGAACAUGCUCACAUUUCUUCUUUUCGAUCAUUAGUUACCACAUUCAUAUAUAUCAACUACCAAAGUACAUUUCAUUUGUGUACUGUCUUCAUAAAUGGCAAGUAGAAGCGGCCUCUCACUUGCGUUCUUCGUGGUUCUCCGUCUUCUUCUCCGUCUUCCUGCCGCUAAGGCUAUCACUAAGACCUACCAAUUUGAUAUUCAAGUGAAUAAUGUGAGCAGGCUAUGCCAUGCCAAACCUAUCGUGACAGUAAAUGGGAUGUUCCCAGGGCCUACCAUUUAUGCAAGAGAAGGGGACAGACUUCUUAUCAAUGUCACAAACCAUGCACAAUAUAACAUUUCCAUCCACUGGCACGGGGUGAAACAGUACCGCAACGGUUGGGCAGAUGGACCGGCUUACGUAACACAAUGCCCGAUCAAGACGGGGAAUAGCUAUGUCCACGACUUCAAUGUUACAGGCCAGAGAGGAACCUUGUGGUGGCAUGCCCAUAUUCUUUGGCUAAGGGCAACCGUCUAUGGUGCAAUCGUGAUCAUGCCAAAACAAGGAACCCCUUUCCCUUUCCCUCAACCUGAUAGAGAAGAAGUUAUUGUGCUCGGAGAAUGGUGGAACGCAGAUGUUGAAGCAGUGGAGAAUCAAGGGAACAAAAUGGGGUUACCCCCAAAUAUGUCUGAUGCUCACACGAUCAACGGAAAGCCCGGACCUCUGUUUCCAUGUUCUGAGAAACAUACAUAUGCAAUGGAGGUUGAGCAAGGGAAAACAUACCUUUUGAGGAUAGUCAAUGCUGCCCUAAAUGAUGAACUCUUGUUUGCACUAUCCGACCACAACAUGACAGUGGUAGAAAUAGACGCAGUCUACACUAAACCCUUCUCAACAAACGCCAUACUCAUCGCCCCGGGCCAGACAACAAAUGUUCUCGUCCACGCCAAUCAAAUCCCAGGCAGGUAUUUCAUGGCUGCCCGGCCCUUCAUGGAUGUUCCAAUAAUUGCAGUAGACAACAAAAGCGCCACCGCCAUAUUCCAAUACAAAGGCAUUCCAAACACAGUCGUUCCAAAACUCCCUCUCCUGCCCGCCCCCAACGAUAGCGUUUUUACCACAGCUUUCAACAGCAAGCUUAGAAGCUUAAACACUAAAAACUUCCCCGCAAAAGUUCCCUUAAAAGUGGAUAGAAAUAUGUUUUUGACAAUCGGUAUGGGAGCAAAUCCUUGCCCGACCUGCUUCAACAGUUCUAGGUUGACAGCUUCUUUGAACAAUAUUUCAUUUGUGAUGCCCAAAACAGCCCUUCUCCAAGCCCACUACUUUGAUAUGAAGGGCGUGUACACCAUGGAUUUCCCAGACAAACCGCCAACUCCAUUUAACUACACCGGUGCACCAUCAACGGCAAAUCUCAAAAUGGUUCACGGGACGAGGGUUAGUAAGAUUGCCUUCAACUCCACUAUUGAGUUGGUUUUGCAAGACACUAAUCUUCUGACAGUUGAAUCACACCCUUUCCAUCUCCAUGGCUAUAAUUUCUUUGUUGUGGGAACUGGUAUUGGGAAUUUUGAUCCUGUUAAGGAUCCUAAAAAAUAUAACCUUAUUGAUCCUCCAGAAAGAAACACUGUUGGUGUUCCCACGGGUGGUUGGACCGCUAUUCGAUUCAGAGCUGACAAUCCAGGGGUGUGGUUUUUCCACUGUCACUUGGAGAUACACACAAGUUGG